AUGGGGGUCGAGAGAGAGCAACACACAUCUUCUUCACCGUCCGAGACGAUCCCUAUUGUCGAUCUAAGCGAUCCCAACGACGAGCUCGUGGCACGUGCGGUGGUGAAAGCUAGCCAAGAGUGGGGGAUUUUCCACGUGGUGAAUCACGGGAUCUCGACGGAUCUGAUAGAGCGGUUGAAGGAGGUUGGUAAACAGUUCUUUGAUCUCCCGGAGACGGAGAAGAAAGAAGUAGCGAAACGAGAUGACUCGGAAGACUUUGAAGGUUACACGAGGAAUCUCAAGUAUACAGAAGAUGAGGUUUGGGCCGAUAACCUCUUUCACAGAAUCUGGCCACCCUCGUGUCUCAAUUUCAACUACUGGCCCAAAAACCCUCCUCAAUACAGGGAGGUGGUUGAGGAGUACACAAAGGAGACGAAAAAGUUAUCGGAGAGGCUUUUGGGGGUUUUAUCAGAGGGAUUAGGGUUACAGCAUGAUGCCUUGAAGAAAGGUCUAGGAGGUGACAAGACUGAGUAUGUGAUGAGAAUCAACAAUUUCCCGCCUAAUCCUAAACCGGAUUUGAACUUGGGACUACCGGAGCAUACAGAUAUUAUUGCAAUGGCAAUCAUCGUCACCAAUGAAGUUCCAGGGCUUCAGAUUUUCAAAGACGAUCAGUGGUUCGAUGUCCAAUACAUUCCCUCCGCCAUUACCAUUACCAUUGGUGAUCAGCUAUUGAGGCUGAGCAACGGGAAGUACAAGAAUGUGUUGCAUAGAGUGACGGUGGAUAAAGAAAAACAAAGGAUGUCGUGGCCGAUUUUUGUGGAUGCUAAUCCUGAUGUGGUCAUCGGACCUUUGCCGGAGCUCAUUACCGGCGAUAAUCCUUCUAUGUUCAAGCCUAUUACUUGCAAGGACUUUAAAUUCCGUAGGCUUUUCAAGCUUCCAGUCGAUUGA